CCCUCGCGCAGCCCCCACUCCUCCCUCACGCGUCGCGCACCGCCGCCUCUUGGAGAGUGGAGACCCCUCCUCUCCAGCGCUCACCGGCGACCUCUCCUGCGCCAACCUCCUCCGUCUGUUCCCUGUCCCAACAGGCUCGCCGGAGAUUGCCGCCAUGGAGACGCUGGCCAGCGCCAUGCGCCGCGACAACCGCCGCUUCAAGGCAUCGUCCUCCUCCACCACCUCCUCCUCUGCCGGAAGGAUCCCCCUCGUCAUGGCCUUCCUCUCCUGCCUCGCUUGGCUCUACGUUGCGGGCCGGCUAUGGCAGGAUGCGCAGACUCGGGCGAUCCUGUCCGGCCUCCUCGAGAAGAGCUCCGGCAAUCUCCCCAAGGCGGUCUCGGUGGACGACAAGUUGAGGAAUCUCGGAUGCACUGAGAUCGGGAGGAAGAUCGCCGAGGCGGAGAUGGACCUCACCAAGGCGAAGAGCGAGGGGUACUUGUGGGGGAACGGGACUGGUACUACAGCUUCCGACAAGAAGAAGCUGCUUGGGAACACCACAUGCCGCCUCCGCGACGUGACGCCACCGUCGACGCCCCAGAGCCCCAUGCUUUCCAAGAUCCGCCUCUCGCUGGCGGCCGCCAGCAGCACCCCAACCCAUGGCGCCUGUGAGGACGAGGCUGGGCGUCAUCCCUCUGGACAACCCAUGGCGCCUGUGCGGAUGAUGGCCGGCCGGCCUGCCGCGGUGGCACACGUGACCUCACACGAAGCCGCCGCAGAGCCUCCGGCCUCACACGAAGUCGCCGCAGAACCGCCGCGGAGCCGCUGGCGCCCUACAACUGACCUGACGUCGACCUGGACCACGCGAACAUGAAACCAAGUUCCAAUCGACCUGCCAUCUCCACUGUCCCCGCCGUUCGUCGCCGGAAAUUUCGAGGGUUAACCAGUUUCGUAGUACAGCUUCAGAUUCAUGCCUAUAGAUCGUAGCACUGCAUCAGAUUCACCCCUUCUUUCUCCUUAAAUUUAGCGACUAAUUUAGUUUCGUAGUACUGCUUCAUAUUCAUGCAUAUACUGAUGUAGAUGUGGAUGUCAUAGUACUGCUUCAGAUUCACCCUAGCUUUUCUCUAGACAUUAAGCAACUAAUUUUUUAUUUAGUAGUUUCGUAGUUGUACUGCUUUCAGAUUCAUGCCUAUAGUCGAAUAGCCAUUGCGAAUUGUGCCAAAACAGUCGUACCAAGUAAGGUUUUCAACAUGCCUGUAUGUCAAUAUGCAUGUUUUCCACAUAUUUUGUAUAUGUUACCUGUAGAAGUAGAAGGUUGGUUGUGUUUUUUUAUUGGAGGUAUCAUGGAUUUUUGGUAGACAAGGUAGUUAUGUCUAUAAAUUUUUAUUGAAGGUAUCAUGGACUCUUGUCAACGUGUUUAUAUUGGCAUUAGGCAUUUUCAUAACAUUUAAAGUAGCUUUCCAUCAGUGAUCAUGCUUUAUUUUAGAAUUAACAUUUAAAUAGUCUCUUAUCUGAAUAUUGGAUUUGGAUCAUGAUGCUGUUGCACUGAGAAAUACUUUGGAUCCUAACUGUCGAAAGGAUGUACAUAUUGCAAUUUGCAACUACUGGCUUUGAAUGUUAAAUUUUCUUCUAUUGCUGUGAAGUGUAUAGAACUACAUGUAAGUUAGAGACAUGGACUACCAGUUGUGCCUCCCUGUGAUCUACUUCCUCCAUCUGCCGAUAUAAGUCUUUUUUUUUUGGUUUCUCUCAAUCCACAGUGCAAGCUGCAUAUUUCUUAUUCAUGUAUUAAUUGAUUCCUUUAAGUUGGAAAGAAAAUGAUGUUUUCUGAUGUUUACCAGUGACCACUGAGCAGUA